AUGGCUAUAUUUAAAAGGAAAAAGCGACUGUUCAGUGCUUUGUGGCCGGACGCUUCCAGAGGAAAAUCCGAAACGUACAAAAUGUACUUUAACUACGGCCAUGAUUGCACUUUGGAAGACCUGAAGGAUAACUACGACUGGGAUUACGCCCCGGAAUGGUCCGUAUGCGGUAAAUUGAAGAGAUGGUGGGCGCGAAUGAGGGUCGUGUCGGAUACCAGCAAAUUUUACACGCACCAUUUAAGAAGCUACGGGGCGAUUUCGGCCGAAAGAAAGAGGCACUUGCAGAACUACCCAAAUGUGUUUCAUCCGUUUAGUUUAGGAAGGUAA